UAUAAUGCAGCGCAUUUCUAUGGAGUUUAUGUUGUCAAUAAAGUUUGGUUUGAAAAAGACUGUUCAACAUGGCUGCCUCCAUGUGGAACAGGGUUGUUGGCCCGGGGUUAGCGGUCCUACAGUCUUCGUUUUGGCUACCGAGUCAGGCUUUAAGGAGCUCCAGCGUUGUGGUGGAGCAGGUGCGGGGUUACUAUGUCGACUGGAGGAUGCUACGGGAUGUGAAGAGGAGACAGAUGGCCUUUGAGUACGCCGACGAGAGACUACGUAUCAACGCACUCAGGAAGAACACUGUCCUUCCGAAAGAGUUACAGGAGGUAGCUGAUAAAGAGAUUGCAGCACUGCCGCGGGACAGCUGCCCGGUGCGCAUACGCAAUCGGUGUGUGAUGACAUCGCGGCCACGGGGCGUUAAGCGUAGGUGGCGCCUCAGUCGCAUUGUCUUCCGUCACCUGGCCGACCACAACCAGAUGUCCGGGAUCCAGCGUGCCAUGUGGUGACUUUUUAUCGGGAAACAACCGAUGGAAGAAGCUGCAGCGUUUUAUUCCAUUGUAAAUCAUUUCUGCUUUGUAAUUAAUGUAUUACUUGUUGUGAAAUUAAUAAAGUGUAUGCCUGAG